GGCUUGCAGCCCCCCCCCUGGCGCUCCUCUGUGUUGAGGGAGGAUCCAGGAAGGCUGCCAGCUGCUGACAAAGCCUCUGCUCCACUGACACACAACAGCAGCGAGACACGGAGGAAGAACAGUGAGCACACUCAGCACCCUACAUCCGACAUGCCUCAGUUUUCAGAUCUUGAGAAGGCCAUCAACACGCUGGUCACCCAGUUCCAUUCGGCUUCAGCUAACAAUGGGCCAACACUGAAAACUGAUGAAUUCAAAGGUCUUCUGUCCUCCCAGAUGCCUAAUCUGGUCCAGGGAAUUGGCACAGACCAGGGCAUGGCUGAGAUUCUGCGGAAGAUGGGUGUCGGUGAUGGCGAGGGCAUCUCUUUCAAGCAAUUCUGGAACUUAAUCCAGUCAGUAGCCACCUCGCAGCAUGGCCUCCUUAGCAGCCAGCAAGGAUGCAGCUGCAUCCUCCUCUGAAGAGCAUGCUGUCAGCCCAACACAUCAGCACUCUCUGAGUCUCCACCCUGAAAUGUUACUAGACAGAGUAAUAAUAUUCACAUCACUCUCCACAUCAGGUGUCAGAUGGAAUACAAAGGCAACGCCUAGUCUGCACACAGCAAGCUAUUGCCAACAUUCAUGAGUAAAACAACACAGGUUCCAAAUGUUGACAUCUCUAUCUGACAGGUUUACAAAAUUACACUUUUGCCACUAUGCUCCCCAGCAUCCUUUGCACCAGAUAAAGUUCAAAUUCAGGCUAGUUUGCAUUGCAAUUCUCAAAUUGUCCAUUUCCUAUUUAAAACAUCUAAAUACAAUUAAAACUAGUUUACAAGUACAUCUAAUCAUCCUCUUACUAACUACCAGAUAGCAAAUAUUUGUAGUCAUCUUGAAUUAAGUAAUUUGCAGGACGUUAUUUUAUUUAACACACUGCUCAUCAAGAAAUACUUAAUAUUUUCUUAUUUUCUAAUAGCAAUGGUCAUCUUACUAGUAUUAACAUAAAUGCCAAUAUACUGGAGUUUAUAUACAACGUAAUUGUGUAAUCAACUUUGCAUCAAAAAACGCUAACUCAUGAGUAUCAUUUGAAGGCACAUCAGUAUGAGAACAUGUAUAAACAACACAUAAGGUCACAUAAUGAGAAAUAUUGAGGAAGAAUGACAGUUUUGAUACAUGAAUGAAUAAGAUUCUCUCUUCCUUUGUUUAGAGCUGACUCAAGGCUACAUUUUUGCUGCAGUUCUCGUUUCACAAUAUCCGGGGGGGCGGGGGGGGAUUCACUUUGGAAUGUGAAGAUCUAACACACAGAGACAGAUAAAUGUUUAAAUUCACCAGACACUCAAUAAGAAUUGCUCAGUAUUUUUGUAUCUGAAAUCCACUCCACUUUUAUAUUUUACCAGCUUAUGGCUAGCUGGUGUUAAACCGUAUCUGAAUCGUUAGUAUAUGACACUAAUCAUCUCAAUUUGACUUUGUGUGCUUGUAACAAAACACAAAAGUUUACUUUGGAUGCAUUCUGUAUGUCUGACUUUGGAGAAACAUCUAAUUGUCUGCUUUAUAGUGUCUUUAUAUAUUUACACCAGUAAUGCUUUACCCUUUGUGAUCCUGCAUUUUCAAUGUAUUUAUGUUUUGUAAUUCUCUGUAUUCUGACCUGUGUGGCACCUUAAGUAAUGAUGUAAUAAAUAUACAAAAAAUUCA